GCACUUGCCGCCCCUCAUAUACCGUCUUUGACACACGAGCACCCCACACUGCCUGGGAACCCCACCUUCACCGCAACUCGCACUGAAACCCCCUCGCCUGCGCCCACCGCAACCAUGGCGAACGACGAAUACGAUUUUCUCUUCAAGGUCGUGCUCAUCGGAGACUCAGGUGUUGGUAAAUCCAACCUUUUGAGUCGUUUCACCCGCAACGAGUUCAACCUAGACUCCAAGUCGACCAUCGGUGUCGAAUUUGCCACACGAUCUAUCCAAGUAGAUGCCAAAACCAUCAAAGCGCAGAUUUGGGACACUGCGGGUCAGGAGCGAUACCGCGCCAUCACCUCAGCAUACUACCGUGGCGCCGUCGGAGCACUUCUUGUUUACGACAUUAGCAAACACCAAACAUAUGAGAAUGUGACUAGAUGGUUGAAGGAGCUCCGUGAUCAUGCUGACUCCAAUAUCGUCAUUAUGCUGGUCGGUAACAAGAGCGAUCUGAGACAUCUACGGGCUGUUCCCACAGAGGAAGCCAAACAAUUCGCAAGUGAAAACAACUUGUCCUUCAUCGAGACGUCUGCCCUGGACGCCAGCAACGUUGAAUUGGCUUUCCAGAAUAUUCUCACAGAGAUCUACCGUAUCGUGUCUAGCAAGGCUCUUGAUCAGGGAGAGGGCAGCCAAAAUGUUCUUGGGGGCGAACGCAAAGUGCUGGAAAUAAGCAAGUCAGCCGAUCCAGAGGCGAAGAAGGGUUGCUGCUAG